UUUUAACACAUUUUGUCGUAUGUAUCUCGUGGCUAUAUUCAUGUAUCUCUUCUAUUCGUUGAUACUUUCUUUUUUCUUCGUGCAAUAAAGGAAACACGAGUAUUGUUAGUGAAACGUUGAGAGUUUUUACAUAAGAUUGUGCAAACGUAUCAUGUCCACCUAAUAAAAAAAGAAGAAGCAUUGGUAAUAACUGUAAAUAGCCAUAAAUACAUAGCUACGUUGGAAAUACAGAAGUAUGCGCCUAUUAUAAAUCAUAAAUAAUUAGUGUUAAUAAUUGUUAAAAGAAGAACACUGAAUAAAAAUGUUAUCUAUUGAAAGAAUCCCUGAUCAAAUUGGGUAUUUAGUAUUAACAGAGGAUGGAGCAGUAAUAUCGUCUGGUGGCGAUCUAGAGAAUGAUGAAAGAAUUGCUAGUGUUAUUGUGGGUUUAGUGAUGUUGACAAAUAAAAUAGACCCGAAAGCGUUUCCCAUGGGUGAAGGUUUUGAAAAAAUAUCAAUUACAUAUCCAGAUCACUGUUAUAUUAUUUGUCUCUCGAACAAAAAGAUAUACGUAGUAAAGAAAAAAUUAUCAUUGCCAGAAAAAAGUAUUGAACCACAACAGUUUAUUGAUAUUUAAAUGUGUAUGUGCGCGUGUAUGUGUAUGGUGAGUGUUAAUCAUUCGCAGUCAGUCAUUUCUUCAAUUUUCUUAAACUGAAAACAAGUUAAAAUAAAGAAAUUUUUAAAUUGGU